AUGCGGUGUCACAGCCACGCCUUUGCGGCCACAGCGCCCCUCCGGCAGCUGCAAAACUGGGCCCAGGUGGCCGGGACGCACGGGAUGGGGCUCGUCCGGCACUUGCCCAUGGCCACAGCAGAGGGCGCCACCGGCAUCACUCACGGCGCGGCCCCGCCCGCGGACCUAUUCCGCACCAAAGUUCACGAGGGCCUCGGCACCAGCGCGUCGGAUCCGUACACCCGAACGCUGCCGAACCAGGAGUCCAUCCCGCCUGAAACCUCGGUCUUACAGACGGCCGCCGCGUCGGCGCCGACGCGGGAGGAGAUUGCGAAGCUGUCCACAAAGUGGAGGACAAUGCAAUACUGGAUAGGUGACACCCACCCGCGACUGCCCCUCUACUUGGAGCAGUUGGCUAUACCACAUCCGCUGCCGGUCUCAUCUACUGCCGACGAACUUGUCAGCCAAUUUAAAUCUCACAUCCCUAACUUUUUCCAUGACAAACCAAAGGAUAUCCAGAAAAAAAUGCUGACACUGUGGUGCACAGCGGUCACCGUCUAUGACAGUUUGGCCUCAGAACACCUUUUUAACCGUGAGAAGUUCGAAGCUAAAUUGAAGGCGUUUCACGUCAGGACAUUGGCGUCUGUCCAAGAGCUUUCUGCCCGGGAGGAGCCUUUGAUGGCACUAGAAGUGCUGCAUCGUAAGACAAUUCUGAAGCGGAACAAAUUGAUUCGUGAAAGCCUAAUACCGCUUGUUGAGAACGGUGCUUACUUUGGCUUUGGAGAUGGAGUGUGGCGCGUGUUUUUCGAGACCGUGGACCAAAACAAAUCGAAAAUCUUUGGCAAGGAUGGUGGGCAGCUCCUGGGAUUCGUCUGGGAUACAAUUAUGAACGAAGACGUAAUUCGCACGCCAUCUAUUACCGCCUGUGUGGCGCUUUACUUGACGCUUUUGAGCAUGAUCUGCAGCUCAAGUCUAUUAGCUGGUAAGACAACCCAGACGCCCUUGAAAAAUAUUGAUGAAAGUCUUGGACAUUCUAAAAAGAAAUUCGAUGAAAACAUUUUUGCACUCGUAUCUCCAAUUCGUAAGCGCAAAUUUGCGGAGCUUGUAAUACGUGGGAUGUUAGAUACCGUAGAAGGUUCGCAAAAGUUGUCUCAAAUCCUUUGUUCGCGUGGGAUGGACGACCUCAGUCGUGAGACCGCGUUGUGUGAAGUUAUCAACGACAGCCAAUGCCUUCUGGAAGCGGAUGCGGCUGGUCUGACGUCUCGUUUCGAUAGCACGGCGGAGGUCAAGUCGCUUCUGGCUUCGAUCUUGGGAAGCUCGGACGCUGCGGUGCGCUCGCACGUCGCAAGUACCUUUGGCCUAUCGUUAACGAGUACUAGGGUGGAUUGGGAUCAGAUUUUUGUGAAGGUGGACUGGUCGACAAACUGGCACCGCUUGAUAGUGGAGCUUCUCAGCAACACUCCUACACUUUUAUCUGUGCAUCAACUUAUUAAGAAUGCUAUUGGAAAUAAAAACUCUUCAAAUCGACUUUACAAUCAAGUGUAUGAGGAGGAACUUCAGCAGGUCAUAGCCGCACGCCAGGCUCGUGUGGUUAGCAAAAAAAACAAAGUUGCUUUAAUUCUAGAGGAGAUGACAUCUUUCCGGAACAUCAAUCAGACCCUUGAAAUUCUUCGAGACCUCGGCAUCCAGAUGGAGGAAUUGGAGCAAGAAAACGCGGCAAUAGAGGAACAACUCAAAACGAAGCCCCCUACAGUGGAUCCCGGCGUGCUCAAAUGCCUGCUUGAGGCCAUUGGUGAACGUCAUCCAAUGUGGAUUAAGGCUGGGGUACUCCCAUCGACAUCAGCCACGCUGAACCUCGAUUCACUCACGAGUUUAGAAAUGAUGGUGCGCAUAUUUGUGAGGCUGGUUUACCUUCCACAGGUAGGGGCUGCCACCAUCGCCCAGCACUCCCGCCGCCGCAUCGGCCCCAUUGGGAAGGAGAGUUUUCAGUAUAACGUUCCUACCGAAAUGGGCAUUGUUGAGCAGUACGACAACCUACAGUAUAAGCGCUAUGACUGGCAGGGCUGGUAUCAGCGCAUGGUAGAUAUUCACAACCGGAACGUGUCGAUUCGCUGUCGUAUUGAUCAUCUACAGCGGCUGGAUAACUACGGCGCUCCGCUGGUUGACCUGCAAACGGAGCGGCGACUUCGAAUCCUCUGCGGGGAUCGUGUCGGGAUGGGUGUGCUGAAGUUAGAUAGCAAUAAAUACGAGGACCAAGCGGAUAACGUCACGUACGGGACGAUUAAGCUCUCGGAGAUUCUUGCAGAAUCACGAAAGGCGCAGCUGGGACCGGAGUAUUGGCCAACUGUGGAGGUGAAAGUUCGAAAGCCGAAUGGGCAAACACAAGCGUACUACUCCAGCCUCGAUAAUGAACGCAUCGAGCAGCGCAGUAAGGAGCUCUACAAGGCUUAUACCGAGUCAAAGAAACACAGCCUAUUUGUAACGCCGAUGGACCUUUGGCUUGAGGUAAAAGGUGCGCAGACUAGGAGGGCGGCGAAGAACACCGAUUUAGAGGGUUACACAGUUGACACUUUGGGGAAGUCCCUCGAAGACGAUUAA